AUGCAGUCUUCCCCAGGAAUGUUGACAAAGUUUGAAUCGAAAUCAUCAAGAGCAAAGGGAAUUGCGUUCCACCCGAAAAGGCCAUGGAUCCUUGUGGCCCUUCACUCCUCCACAAUCCAGCUCUGGGAUUAUCGGAUGGGCACGUUGAUAGAUCGAUUUGAGGAACACGAUGGCCCAGUCCGCGGCGUCGAUUUUCACAAGACACAGCCACUCUUCGUAUCCGGCGGCGAUGACUACAAGAUUAAAGUCUGGUCGUACCAGACUCGACGAUGCCUCUUUACGCUGAAUGGCCAUCUUGAUUACGUUCGAACUGUCUUCUUCCAUCAUGAGCUGCCUUGGAUUCUCUCUGCCUCAGAUGAUCAAACAAUUCGAAUCUGGAACUGGCAGAAUCGAAGCUUGAUUUGUACUAUGACUGGACAUAAUCACUAUGCCAUGUGCGCUCAAUUCCACCCCAAGGAAGAUCUCGUCGUUUCAGCCUCCCUUGAUCAGUCAGUUCGAGUUUGGGAUAUUUCGGGACUUCGAAAGAAGCACUCAGCACCAACUUCGAUGAGCUACGAAGAUCAAAUCGCACGAGCAAACCAAAACCAAACCGACAUGUUUGGAAACACAGAUGCCGUUGUCAAGUUUGUCUUGGAAGGUCAUGAUCGUGGUGUCAACUGGGUCGCCUUCCACCCUACUAUGCCUCUGAUUGUAUCAGCUGGUGAUGAUCGCCUGGUGAAGCUCUGGCGCAUGAGCGAGACUAAGGCUUGGGAGGUUGACACUUGCCGCGGCCAUUUUCAAAAUGCCUCAGGCUGUCUUUUCCACCCACACCAGGACCUCAUUUUGUCGGCGGGUGAAGAUAAGACUAUUCGAGUCUGGGAUCUCAACAAGAGGACCGCCGUACAGUCUUUUAAGAGAGAAAACGACCGCUUUUGGGUUAUCGCAGCUCAUCCUGAAAUCAACUUGUUCGCAGCUGGCCAUGACAAUGGUGUCAUGGUUUUCAAGCUUGAACGCGAGCGUCCCGCCUCAGCUGUCCACCAAAAUAACCUUUUCUAUAUCACCAAGGAGAAGCAUGUCAGGUCAUACGAUUUCCAGAAGGAUAUGGAAAGCCCAACUCUGCUGUCUCUGAAGAAACUUGGCAGCCCCUGGGUUUCACCACGCACUUUGUCGUAUAACCCUGCUGAGAGGUCUAUUCUUGUCACCACUCCGGCCGAUGGUGGCUCUUAUGAACUUUUGAGCUUGCCUAGAGACGGAUCUGGUGUAAUCGAACCAACAGAAUCCAAGCGAGGAUCGGGCAAUUCUGCCAUUUUUGUUGCUAGAAACCGCUUCGCCGUGUUGAACACUGCCAACCAAACAAUCGAUAUCAAGGAUCUGUCAAACAAUACGGCUCGUUCGUUCAAGCCUCCAGCGGGAACCACAGACAUCUACUUUGGAGGAACCGGUAACCUCCUUAUCAUUACACCGACGACCGUCUAUCUGUACGACAUUCAGCAGAAAAAGGCUACUGCCGAGCUUGCCAUCACUGGCGUUAAAUACAUUGUCUGGUCAAAUGAUGGUCUGUACGCUGCCCUACUGAGCAAACACAAUGUGACCAUUGUGACAAAGACGCUGGAGCAAAUUAGUACACUACAUGAGACAAUUCGCAUCAAGAGCGCCACUUGGGAUGAUGCGGGCAUUCUGUUAUAUUCAACCCUGAAUCAUGUCAAAUAUGCCUUGCUCAACGGCGACAAUGGUAUUGUUCGUACUCUCGACCAAACGGUCUACUUGGUACGCGUUAAGGGACGGAAUGUCUACUGCUUAGAUCGAUCGGCCAAGCCUCGAAUUCUGCGCAUUGACCCAACAGAGUAUCGUUUCAAAAUGGCGCUUGUUAAGCGGAACUAUGAAGAAAUGCUUCACAUCAUCCGCACUUCCAGUCUUGUUGGCCAGUCUAUCAUCUCAUACCUGCAGAAGAAAGGCUACCCCGAGAUUGCACUGCAGUUUGUACAGGAUCCAACUACUCGAUUUGACCUGGCAAUUGAAUGCGGCAACCUGGAUGUCGCUGUGGAAAUGGCCAAGGAGCUGGAUAAGCCAAAGUUCUGGACUCGACUAGGUACUGAAGCACUUGCCCAUGGCAAUCAUCAGAUUGUGGAGAUGUGCUACCAGAAGUUGAAGCAGUUUGACAAACUGUCAUUCCUCUAUUUGGCAACCGGUGAUCACUCGAAGCUUGCGCGAAUGGCCAAAAUUGCGGAGCAUCGUGGAGAUUUCACCUCUCGAUUUCAAAACGCCCUGUAUCUUGGAGAUGUCGAAGACCGCAUCCAGAUGUUGAAAGAAAUUGAUCAGUAUCCUCUUGCGUAUACUACAGCCAAAUCCCAUGGACUGGAAGAAGAAUGCGAGGCUAUUCUUGAGGCUUCUGGUCUCACUGAAGAUCAGCUAACUCUGCCUACAAUGGGCAAACCGCUAGCACCGCCAAAGCCUGUCGUAUCCACGUUCAAGAGCAACUGGCCCAACAAGGCUAGCUCCCAGUCCUACUUUGAGAGUGCUCUUCUAGGCCAGGUAGAAGGCUUGUCUCUCGAGGACGAAUCAAACACCGCCAAUGGAAUAGAGGCUGAGCAAGCCACAAAGGCGGAAGCUGCAGAUCAACUCAUUGCUACUGCUGGCGAAGACGACGAUGACGCGGCAGGCUGGGAUAUGGGCGACGACGACGUGCCCGAAAUUGACAAUGACUUUGUGAACGUCGAUAGUGCAGAGGCAGGCGGUGCUGGAAGCUGCGAGGCCGAUAUUUGGGCACGGAAUUCACCUCUGGCAGUUGACCAUGUUGCUGGAGGCUCAUUUGAAACGGCCAUGCAGCUUCUGAACCGACAGGUUGGCGCAGUCCAGUUUGCCCCUCUAAAGCCUCGAUUCCUGGAGGUCUACCAAUCCUCCAAGACCUUUCUCCCGGGGUUGGCCAACUUGCCCACCCUUGUUAAUUACGUCCGUCGUACCGUUGAUGAAACGGAUCUUCGAAAAGUUCUGCCCGUUAUCCCGCGCGAUCUAGAACAUUUGGCCUCCAAUGAUUUACAAAAAGGCUACGAUUCUAUGAAGGCUAACAAGCUGGAAGAUGGCGCCAGCAUCUUCAAGGGAAUUCUACACGCAAUCCUUGUCAAUGCAGUUUCUAGUGAAAGCGAAGUGGCGGAGGCUAAGAAACUGAUUGUUUCAGCCAGGGAGUACAGCAUUGCCAUGGAUAUCGAACUUGCGAGAAGAAACCUAGGCUCGAUCGAUGAGAUUGCCCAAGACCCCGCUAAAGUUAAGAGGAGUCUCGAGUUGUCCGCUUACUUUACCAUCCCGAAGAUCGAGGUGCCUCACAGACAAAUUGCGCUGCUGAGCGCUAUCAAGGUGUCGAUUAAGAGCAAAAAUUACAAUUCUGCUUUGGGCUUUGCAAACCGUAUUAUCGCGAACGGAGGUUCCAGCAAAAUCGUCGAAAACGCCAAGAAGACAAAGGCUCAGUGUGAACGCAAUCCAAACGACAGCGUUGAAAUUGAAUUCGACCAGUUUGCAGAAUUUGAGAUUUGUGCUGCCAGCCACACUCCGAUCUAUAGCGGAGCUCCGUUCGAAGAGUGUGCAUUUGAUGGAUCAAAGUACCACUCUAGCUACAAGGGAUCGAUCUGUAAGGUGUGCGAAGUUUGUGAAAUUGGCAAACACGGUAGCGGUCUGAGGCUGUUUUCAUAGAUACUUAAUUUGGACUUAGAACUGUACAAGGGGGGGUUUAAAAGGACGUAGCAAUAUCCUAGUCAUGGAAUUCAACUAAAUCUUGAACG